AUGGAAAUUAAUUCGUCAGUUGAGUCAAAUGAUGAAACUGAAGAAGAGAUAUUUGUGGAAACCUUUUCUAUCAAAACUCCUGAGAACAUAGUUUCUAAGGAAAAGGAAUAUGUGGAAGUAAAUUCAACAAAACAUUCAACUUGUGAUCCAAAGGAAUCAGAAUCUGAAGAAACUGUUUCAAAUGAAGCAAAAUCUUCUGAACCUGUUCCUCCAAAGAAGAAACGCUCACGUAAAAACAGAAAGCAACGGAAAAAGAAAGUUCAAAAGGAAAACCCAAGUCUCAGGCAAACUAAGUCAAAACUGAAGGGUAAAGUUAUAGAUACUUACUCUCUUGCUGACAACCGUGAGCAGGGUCCAUCUAAGAUCAAACAUGAACAAAAGCAAUCAACACCAAAAGAAAAGAAAGGACUUGAUCAGCUCCCUAGAAUAACACAAGCAAAACUGAAUGUUCUUAUACUUUUCAAACCAAAGCCUUUGAAUGCCUUAGUUGCCAAAGAACAUGACGUGCAACAAACACAUACUGCUGCUAAAGCUGAGAUGGUAGCUGAAGUGUUAGAGAUGGAUGAAGAAGAAUUUGUCGACGACAGUGAUGUGGAAGUGAUUGUCUCUGAGAAAGCUAAGGAACCCGUUCGAGAAUCAAGGCUAAUGACUGCAAAACUUCUACAAGCCCUGAUUGAGUUCUUGAAGGAUAAUGUCGGAAACCCUCCUUCUGUACCUAAUCCUGAAACUGAAGAUGACUCGAAAGAUGAUGCUGAAAAGGCAUCCAACAAGAAACGAAGAACCGAAACAGCUCCUGAUAAUCAUUCUUUGGCCCAAGCUCAGAUCUAUAGCCUACUAUGCCCACUAAUCCACAAGUCACUGCUGCUACUCAAGAAACAAGCACGCAAGAUCUCGAUUUUGAUUUAA